CAAUUGCCUAGUUGUUCUGUACUUCAACUCACGUACUGCAAGUUAUUUCCUCUACAAGCCCACGGUUAGAAUUCCUUUUCUCAGUACCGCAAGUCAGCCCUUUUCACUUCCUCAAUCUUUAGGGGAAAAACCCUCAAGUUCAAAACCAAGAUGUUCAGAAACAAUUACGACAACGACUCUGUCACAUUUUCACCUCAAGGUCGAAUAUUCCAGGUCGAAUAUGCUCAAGAGGCAGUCAAGCAAGGUUCGGUGGUUGUGGGAAUCACCAGCAAGAAACAUGUCGUCCUGACGGCGCUGAAGAGAAACGCAGAAGAACUCUCAUCAUAUCAGAAAAAGAUUGUGGGUGUGGAUGAUCACUUGGGAGUCGCCCUCGCAGGUCUCGCCUCCGACGCCCGUGUCCUCUCGAAUUUCAUGAAGCAACAGUCCUUAUCGUCCAAGAUGACCUACGGCCGCCCCAUCCCCGUCGAGCGCAUCGUCAACAUGAUCGGCGACCGGGCCCAGACCAACACGCAACACUACGGCAAGAGACCCUACGGCGUCGGACUGCUGGUGGCGGGCGUCGACGAGCUGGGACCUCACCUGUUCGAAUUCUCCCCCUCGGGAUUGACGCAAGAGAUGUUGGCCUGCGCCAUCGGAGCUCGGAGUCAAAUGGCGCGGACGUACCUCGAGAGACACCUGGACGAGUUUGCGGACUGCAGCAGGGACGAGCUGAUCAAGCACGCCUUGCUGGCCCUGAAGGAGAGUCUCGCCCAGGACAAAGAGCUGACGGUCGACAAUACGAGUUUGGCCGUGAUGGGCGUCGGGGAGAAGGACGGCGGUGGUGGCGGCCGCAAGAAGCUGGAGAAACUCAAACUUUACGACGGACAAGAGAUCGGCCCCCUGUUGGAAGCGAAUGUCGAAUCGACGGGCGCAGAGGGAGACGCCAUGGAGACCGACUCGUAGUCGCAAACAGGAAGAAUGGUGCAAAAUGCAUUCCAGGGGGGG